CUAUUAUCACGCAGUGUGUGUAUUAGUUAACACUCGCGACCUUUUUCAGAAAAUAAAAGUUUUUUUCCAAGUGAAAAAGUCAUCGGUAAAUUCGCGCAAUCAUGGUUAUGGAAGGAUUGUCACCGAGCAGCUGGAAAAAGCACCCAGCUCUCAUCCCACUGUUUGUCUGCCUCGGUGCAGGAGUAGCUAUGUCAAUGUUUUACACUUUGAGAUUGGCAACUAGGAAUCCUGAUGUUUCAUGGAACAAAAAAGCAAAUCCUGAACCCUGGAAUGAAUACAGAGAUAGACGUUAUAAGUUCUACAGCCCAACUGGGGCUGAACUGGAAAAGAGCGCUGCUCCAGAAUAUUAAGUUUUUUUAUUUACAAGUAUACUGUGGAUACUGAUAUUAGAGACUGUCAAUAGAGAAAUACCGCAACUCUUAUCGCCUCCAUAGUAACAAAAAUGAUGAAUUCUUAUAGUGUAUUAUUGAAAUAUUAUGUAGCAUAAAAUGUUUCAAAUAACAAAGCAGUUGUU